AACGCAGGUUGCCAAGUCAACCAUCAAGUGCUCUUCUGGACGUCCGACCCUCCGUACACACAGUGUAGAUAUAUCUAGGCUAAGGACAUAUGGGUUAACAUGCCGAUCUACUUGUUUAUUUUUAGGCAACAUUCCUCCCGCCCGAGCACGAGAUCGUAACCGUAUAUUGCGAGAACUGACAUCGAUUGCACGUGCGGAUGCAGAACACACCGUCUGGUGCCAGCGUCGGACAGACAUCCACCUGUCUAUUGUUCCUGCAUUACAUCUGGGAUUUGAUUAACACCGCGCGGCGACAAAGGCAGGCAGACCUACAGCUGCUCCAAACUGUUAGGAGGACCGACGUUGUUUACUUCACGGCUGCCUGAACACUUACCCGUUUUGCUUCAACUAACAACCUUAUGCACAAAAGGAGAAUCAUUCGAGCAGCAAGGUUUCUGUACAUGUGAUUUUUUUCUAUGAUGUAAGAAUUCGGCAUCAUUUUAAGGUUUGUGACACUGGAGAGAGGACUCGGUUACAGGUUCACAGUGAAGACAAAGGUUUUACUACCAGACAUUAGCUGAGGUACAACAGGUACAACGUACCCGGCGAGUGACACUCCAACGAAGACGACGGUGACAUCGUUCUGUCAACAGUAUGGAGAGUCAGAUUCCUCAGCUAGCCACCAUGACUUGGCCUGAGUUUAUCAAGCACAUGCUGGCAACGACCCACAAGAUACAGAAAGCAGCAGUGUUGGCCGAGGACGGUCAACCGCUAGCCGUGACGGAGGACCUUCAGGUAUCCGUGGAGGAAGGACAGGCUCUGGUUAGGAGCAUCUUGGACCCAGCAAAGUCCGUCACAAGGAUACACAUGGACAAUAACUUCUAUACUUGCUUUCAGGGCAACUCCAAGACGCUGGUUGGGACCUCUCCUAGUAGAGACAGAAUAUUCGUUGCCCAUAGAAGUAAAGAUUGUGUUGUCGUUGUAUUUGGUGGUACGAAGGGCCAUGGGUCGUAUCUGUUUGAGUUGAAGAAGAAUCUUUCGGCUAGGGAACAUCGUGAAGAGCAUAUGGAACAUUUACAUAAUCAAGAGCAGAUUACGAAUAUACCCAGUCAAGAGCAGAUCACGAAUAUACCCAGCCAAGGUCAGAUUCAGCAAAUCUUGAAUGCAGCUGAGGAUGAAAGAUUAGCUUCCCAAGAAGCAGACGACAUGGAACAACUUUCCGAGCUGGGCCAGGAAUCGAUGGAGAUUGAUGACUUUCCACAUGGACAGGACACAUUAGGGGGAGGAUAUAUUUGAGACCCGUGAGGAAUAUACCUCGGCCUCUGCCCCAAUGUCACACACUCCAGGAGCCUUGCCUUUAAACCGUGGGCCUAGCAGGAAUGUGGCAACACCCUAGUGGGAACAGACUUACUGGUACAUCCAUAGGAUGCUCGCCUAUUGACAGUGUUUGCUGCUAUAACAUCUAUAGUCUAUACAAAUAUUAUACUUUUUUCUCUCUGAUCUUGUGCGGGACUGGCAGAUUGAUAUUGUGUGGCGAACCCUCUGUUAAUUAGUUUCCAAGUUCACUGGCCAGGAGGGCUUGUUGCAAAAAUGUUGCAAGCCCUCAUCAUAUUUUAUUAGCCCAAAACAAUAAACUACAAAAUGAAAACUUGAUGAUUCGUAUAAAUAUGGGUAUGUAUUGAAUUUUCAAGUGGACAGUCGGACCAGCUUUACUAACUGUUACUAGCCCAAUAUAAAGGUUACUUUCAUUUGGCUAACCGACAGGCAGCUAUUUCGAACACUGGGCGUACCAUGUGGUCUUAACAAUGCAUGUAUGUAUAAAUAUAUGUACUGCUGACUCAUUUCAAAUCAGUAUACUCGCUAUCGUAUUGCAGGAGUAACUAAAGAUUUUCAGUGAUCCAUUCUUAUAAUUUUCACAACUAUUUUGAAUUCUACGCCCAAUGAAAUAUCGGCAGAUAAUCGAGACUGUUUAUUCUCUGGCGUUAGCGAUUUUUUUUUUAUAUUAUGUAACAAUUCGAAUUAUGACAACAACAAUAUUGUUAGUUAUGUUUCAAGAACACCUCUUUACGCCACCAUUAAUUAUAUAUUUUCAGUCCAAGCAUAUAUUUCUCUGAUGAAAACUGGAUAUAAAGUAUAUUUCGUACAAUGCAAAUAUAAAGAUACAUUUAUGUAUGCCUAUUUAUACUACUAAAUGUAUAACGUAUAUAUCUUUUAAAUGAAGAAUCGGAUUAUAAUACUAGUAUCCCCCAAUCACGUUUAUUUAUUACCCUGUCCUUGUUUAUCGUUUCAGUUGUAUUUUUAGUCAAAGCGUAUAUUUUGGUAAAAUAUUUAAAUAUUGUGCAAUUGUAGAAACACUGUGUCUAUUUUAAUAUCUGUAUACAGACCUUAUCAUUUUCGGGUUUUCUUAUUGUGCCGUCUUGUAUGACUUCCAUGGUGGCCUAUUUCCAGGAGAGAAGAUCAUGACAUUAUCUGCUUUUGGCAUAUAUUUCUUAUGAUUAUGGAAAUGGUUUGUCGCUUCUAUUGGCAUGAUUUGACCAUUGUUAUUAAAGUUAUUUCAAAGUGGCAGUUAGAAGAUUUAGUAUUAACGAAGAGUUGUACGGAAACGUCGCAUAUUUAAAGGAUUUGAAAUCCGUUAGUCAAUCCUGCCUUUGUUACUGUAGUAAGCUUACAGAUGUAAUCAAAGAUGGACGUUCAAUGAUAAAGGAAAUAAGGUCACGUGAUGUUUAAGCAAUAAAAUUGCUUUCAUCUGGACAUAACCCUUACUUCAAAAUGUAUUAUUAUAUUUGAUAUAUGUAACAUGCAUUCUCUUAUAUAUAUUUGCCAUAUGAUUAUUGUAACACAAUAUACAAUACAAUGCAAUAUGAAUUGCACCACUUUAUUCGGCGUAUUAAUGAGAUGAUGAUGUUGGAGAGUUUACGAGCGCUUCCCAAAUGAUCCGAUUUCGCACGUUAUUAGAUCAAGUGAUUUUACACAAUUCUGGAUCAAGCCCCAAGGACCAACACCCUUAUUUAUCGGUCCUGUUUGACAUGUGUCAAUCCAGUAUUUUCUAUACAGUGACUUUUCCUUGUAAUGAUGUAUAAGACCAAGGACGUCAGAACCUAGAGACGGAGGACCUUCAGUUGUCUGUGGAGGUGGGUCAGCCCUAGCCGUGACGGAGGACCUUCAGUUAUAUGUGAAGGUGGGUCGGACACUAGCCGUGACGGAGGACCUUCAGUUGUCUGUGGAGGUGGGUCAGCCCCAGCCGUGACGGAGGACCUUCACUUGUCGAUGGAGGUGGAUCACACACUAGCCGUGACGGAGGACCUUCAGUUUUCUGUGUAGGUGGGUCAGCCCUGGCCGUAACGGAGGACCUUCAGUUGUCUGUGGAGGUUGGUCAGCCCUGGCCGUAACGGAGGACCUUCAGUUGUCUGUGGAGGUGGGUCAGCCCUAGCCGUGACGGAGGACCUUCAGUUGUCCAUGGAGGUGGGUCACACACUAGCCGUAACGGAGGACCUUCAGUUGUCUGUGGAGGUGGGUCACACACUAGCCGUGACGGAGGACCUUCAGUUGUCCAUGGAGGUGGGUCACACACUAGCCGUGACGGAGGACCUUCAGUUGUCUGUGGAGGUGGGUCAGCCCUAGCCGUGACGGAGGACCUUCAGUUGUCCAUGGAGGUGGGUCAGCCCUUUGCCGUGACGGAGGGCCUUCAGUUGUCUGUGGAGGUGGGUCAGCCCUAGCCGUGACGGAGGACCUUCAGUUGUCUGUGGAGGUGGGUCAGCCCUAGCCGUGACGGAGGACCUUCAGUUGUCUGUGGAGGUGGGUCAGCCCUUUGCCGUGACGGAGGACCUUCAGUUGUCUGUGGAGGUGGGUCAGCCCUAGCCGUGACGGAGGACCUUCAGUUGUCCAUGGAGGUGGGUCAGCCCUUUGCCGUGACGGAGGGCCUUCAGUUGUCUGUGGAGGUGGGUCAGCCCUUUGCCGUGACGGAGGACCUUCAGUUGUCCAUGGAGGUGGGUCAGCCCCAGCCGUGACGGAGGACCUUCAGUUGUCUGUGUAGGUGGGUCAGCCCUGGCCGUAACGGAGGACCUUCAGUUGUCUGUGGAGGUGGGUCAGCCCUAGCCGUGACGGAGGACCUUCAGUUGUCUGUGGAGGUGGGUCAGCCCUAGCCGUGACGGAGGGCCUUCAGUUGUCUGUGGAGGUGGGUCAGCCCUAGCCGUGACGGAGGACCUUCAGUUGUCUGUGGAGGUGGGUCAGCCCUAGCCGUGACGGAGGACCUUCAUUUGUCUGUAGAGGUGGGUCAGCCCUAGCCGUGGCGGAGGACCUUCAGUUGUCUGUGGAGGUGGGUCAGCCCUGGCCGUGACGGAGGACCUUCAGUUGUCUGUGGAGGUGGGUCAGCCCUAGCCGUGACGGAGGACCAUCAGUUGUCUGUGAAGGUGGGUCACACACUAGCCGUUACGGAGGACCUUCAGUUGUCUGUGAAGAGGGUCGGACACUAGCCGUGACGGAGGACCUUCAGUUGUCCAUGGAGGUGGGUCACACGCUAGCCGUGACGGAGGGCCUUCAGUUGUCUGGAGGUGGGUCAGCCCUUUGCCGUGACGAAGGGCCUUCAGUUGCAUGUGGAGGUGGGUCACACACUAGCCGUUACGGAGGGCCUUCAGUUGUCUGUGAAGAGGGUCGGACACUAGCCGUGACGGAGGACCUUCAGUUGUCCAUGGAGGUGGGUCACACACUAGCCGUGACGGAGGGCCUUCAGUUGUCUGUGGAUGUGGGUCAGCCCUAGCCGUGACGGAGGGCCUUCAGUUGCCUGUGGAGGUGGGUCAGCCCUAGCCGUGACGGAGGACCUUCAGUUGUCCAUGGAGGUGGGUCACACACUAGCCGUGACGGAGGGCCUUCAGUUGUCUGUGGAGGUGGGUCAGCCCUAGCCGUGACGGAGGGCCUUCAGUUGCCUGUGGAGGUGGGUCACACACUAGCCGUGACGGAGGACCUUCAGUUGUCUGUGGAGGUGGGUCACACACUAGCCGUGACGGAGGGCCUUCAGUUGUCUGUGGAUGUGGGUCAGCUAGUCAGUCUUCAGUGAGUAUGUGAGGACCAUCUCGACCCAGCAUAUAUGGCAUUAUCUGAUGGACAUAAAGACCUUCUGAAAAGAAGCACUACCGACCAUGUUUUCAUUCUGUCGGCGAUGAGAUUAUCCCCGUAUUGUAUAAGACUCUGAUGAUGAAAGAUAUUAUUUGGGUCACAAUACAUAUUUCAUCGUUUUUUCACUUUUUUCGAAAAACAAGGCAGGUUGUUGAUGAAUAAUGUUUUGAAAGCCAUGAUUGAAAUUACAUGUAAUUAUCCACAGAUCUUUUUUCUCGCUCUUUUCCUGAGCCUUGUCAGACCCAUUGGGUUUAUCCAGUGCGCUUUGACAGCUAUGUUGUGUCUUACUCAAGUAACCCCUUGAAUUAAUUUGUUGUGGGUUUUGUUGUUAUAUAUUGUCUUCCUUCAUUUUACAAACUGUUCUUACGUUGUGCUGUUUACUGACAAGGUUGGUGAAUAUAGGGACUCUUUGGUCAGACCUGAUGUGUCUUGAUAUUGUUAUUCCCUAAAUCGACCAUACCAGGUGCUUCAGUACAAAAUAUGAACAAGUCACAUUCCAAUGCUUGUGGGAUCCCUAAAGCGGUAAACGCCCAAGGCAUGCAUCGAUUCACUUCGGGUUUUCCUCGCCACACCAAGCUGACACGCCUUGAAGUAACUGAAAUACUGACACCUAUGAUCUUGAGUUUGAAUACCGGUUCGCCCGAUUAUGUUUCUGAGUUUGUCAGCACCAUACCCGUGCUCGUAGGUUUCACCAAAGAGGUAAAUGUCUGAGACCUACAUUACUUCAGGCUUUCCUCCCACAUCAAGCUGACACGCCGUGAUAUAACUGGAAUACUGUUAAAAACAGUUCACUCUCUUUUACUAUUCAUAGCAGUUUUCAGUUUUCUAAAAUAUUUUGUGCCUGAAAAUACUUGAAUAUUUAUUGUCAGGUCCAACUCACUCACUGCCGUAGUCAUAUAUACAAGUAGGUGGUUCUUAAACAAAUCCCAAGGGUCGUCAAAUGGUGAAAACGUACUUAUAUACCUUCAACGUACUCAUAUACCUUCAACAUGAUCCAUUAUGGUGGCCGAGAGGGGACAUCGCUUUCUCGCCUUCAAUUACGGCCGCGAGGAUGCGAUAAAACGAGACGAGAAAGCGAUAGCAUGAGACGAGAAAGCAACAACGCUUUCUCGUCUCGUGUUAUCGCGUUCUCGCGAGAAAGCGAUGAAUCCUCUCGGCCACCAUAUUUCAUCCAAAAAGGACUAUGUGGUCCACGCAGAGGAAGCAUGUGUAGAGGGCCUCUUGUUUAACAUUUUAGGUACGAGUUCAAUCAAAUCUCAACCUCGAUCAAAACUUACAACUUACUUAGUAGCUUAUUGUUCCUAUAACUAACUGAUAUUUAGUGACUGGUAACUUCGUUUUGCGAUAAUACAACAUGCGUAAGUUAUCCUAUUGUCGGCGAUUUAGACUAAAAUCUAGUCUCUGAAAUGAACAUAUCUUACAUAAAAAAAACAGUUGUUCAGUUAUCUUAAUAAAAAUAUAAUAAAAAGGAGCCCAGUGACUCUUCAUUUUACUGCAGUGAUCUAGACUUGCCAAACAUUAUAGACUUGCAUGGGCUGUAUUUGAUAUAUAUUUGUAUCAGGGUCUGUAAGACAGACUAUUGGCGAUUGUGAUUGGGACAUUUGAUAAGGACAUCUGUAUCGUUCAAUGAUACAUCAAGUUAUUACUUAUAUGAAUAUAACAUCCGGAUUGACAGAUUUCACUAUUGCUAUAAAGGUUGAGCGGUAUAUAACGAAGCAACUCUGUGUACUGAUCUUUUAUACCACAUUAGCAGCAGGGCGUUACGUGUGGGUCUGUUGUAUAGAGCUACAUCACCCUAUACUUACACUUUGAGUCAUGUGUUCAUUCCUUGUAUGUACUGUUAUCAUGGUUAUCUAUGAUGUUGUCGGCAUUAAAUUUUAUCUAUCA